AACGGAUUUGAAGGAAACCGCUCAGAGAGAUUUAAUUAGACAGACACUAACUCUCGCAUCAUCUCUCUCUCUCUCUCUCUCUCUCUCUAAAACCCUCUUGUCGUCUUUCUCCAUCAAGACAAACCAAAUUCAAACAUCAUUGAUUGUGAGACAGAGAGGCAAAAAACAAAACAAAAAACCAGAGUGUGUGUUCCAAUCUCUCUAAACUAAUCCCUACUUCUAUUUUUCUUCCUCGUUUCAGUUCCUGGGUUUUAAUCAAUUUCUCUCCUUUCUCUCUCUCUCUUCUGAAUUCCGGUCUGAAAUCGUCGGAAUUCGGAAAGUUUUAAGCUUUGUAACAACAACAACGCAAAGGCGAGUUCUUGUUUCUCUCUGUUUGCUUCUACUCUGUUUAUCUCAUCUCUUGUCGGGUUCUGUGAUGAAUCUUAGGAACAAUCAGUUUCUAUUUAGAGAAGCGUAGUAUUUCACCUGCCAGGGCUUUUGAGAUUUGUCUUUUUGCAUCUUUCUGGAAUUUUCUCUUUUUUUUUCUUUCUCAGAUCCAUUGACCUCAUCCCCAGACAUAACAAAAGUUUAAAUCUUUUUUUAUAAGGGUUUUAAUUCUUGUCCAUCUUCGAAGAAGACCAUGAGAGGCGUCUUCUUCAUCGUCUUCGUAACGUGUCUAGUCAUCUUACCGGAUCCUCUACUCGCUGGUGUAGCCUACACCGGGAGCAUCACUCCAGGGUUUUCAGGAUCUCAGAUGAAUUACAUCAACAACGACGGUAUCUUCCUCAAUUCCAACAACUCAGACUUUGGCUUUGGUUUCGUAACUACACAAGCUUCCGUCACUCUCUUCACGCUCAGCAUCAUCCACAAGAGCAGCACGAAACUGAUCUGGUCGGCGAACAGAGCUUCCCCUGUUUCCAAUUCCGACAACCUUGUGUUCGACGACAAAGGGAAUGUUGUGCUGCGUAGAGAAGAAGGCGGAACUGAGGUUUGGAGACUUGACAAUUCUGGCAAAAACGCUUCGAGAAUGGAGCUUCGUGACUCGGGGAAUCUAGUUCUUGUUUCCGUUGACGGGACUUCGAUCUGGGAGAGUUUUGAUCAUCCUACAGAUACUCUGAUUACGAAUCAAGCUUUUAAACAAGGCAUGAAGCUCACUAGCAACCCUUCUUCGAGCAACGUGACUUUUGCUCUCGAGAUCAAAUCAGGAGAUAUGGUUUUAUCUGUGAAUAGCUUAACCCCUUCUCAAGCGUAUUGGUCGAUGGGAAAUGCUAGAGAGAAGAUCAUAAACAAAGACGGCGUGGUGACUUCGUCGUCUCUCCUUGGGAAUUCAUGGCGCUUCUUUGAUGAGAAACAGGUUCUGUUAUGGCAGUUUAUAUUUACAGACAACAAAGAUGAUAACGCAACUUGGAUCGCCGUUUUGGGAAGCAACGGUGUGAUCUCUUUCUCCAAUAUCGGAAGCGGAGCAUCUGCUGCUGAUUCUUCUACCAAAAUCCCGAGUGAUCUUUGCGGAACACCCGAGCCUUGUGGGUCUUACUACGUCUGCUCGGGUUCUAAAGUGUGUGGAUGUGUGCCCGGGUUGUCUCGGGUUCGGUCUGAUUGCAAAACAGGGAUCACUUCUCCCUGUAAGAAAGACAAAGAUAAUGCAACAUUGCCCUUGCAGCUCGUAAAUGCUGGGGAUAGUGUAGAUUACUUCGCUCUAGGGUUUGCUUCUCCCUUCUCCAAGAAAACGAGUCUUGAUAGUUGUAAAGAGUUCUGCAACAACAAUUGCACGUGCCUUGGUCUUUUCUUCCAGAACAGUUCUGGUAACUGCUUCUUGUUUGAUUGGAUUGGAAGCUUCAAAAACUCUGGUAAUGGAGGCUCUGGGUUUGUUUCUUACAUCAAGAUCGCAAGUACUGGUGCGGGAGGUGGAGAUAACGGAGAAGAUGGUGGGAAACAUUUUCCUUAUAUAGUGAUCAUUGUCGUGGUGACGGUUUUUAUCAUCGCUGUUUUGAUCUUUGUGGCCUUCCGGAUUCAUAAGAGAAAGAAGAUGAUUUUGGAAGCUCCUCAAGAGAGUUCAGAGGAGGACAAUUUCUUGGAGAAUUUAUCCGGGAUGCCUAUUAGGUUUGCUUACAAAGAUCUUCAGUCAGCGACGAAUAACUUCUCGGUGAAGUUAGGUCAAGGAGGGUUUGGAUCGGUAUAUGAAGGUACCUUGCCGGAUGGUUCUCGUUUGGCCGUGAAGAAACUUGAAGGAAUAGGUCAAGGGAAAAAAGAAUUUAGAGCUGAGGUUAGUAUAAUCGGAAGCAUUCAUCAUCUUCAUUUGGUACGGCUCAGAGGAUUCUGCGCUGAAGGGGCUCAUAGGCUUCUUGCUUACGAGUUCUUAUCUAAAGGUUCGUUGGAGAGAUGGAUAUUUAGGAAAAAAGNAACAAAACAAAAAACCAGAGUGUGUGUUCCAAUCUCUCUAAACUAA